AUGUCGUCGCCGGAGAACCUCGCCGCCGCUCAGCCUCCGACCUCUGAAGGCGGUUAUGGCUACGUGCCGCCGGCAGAAGAGCGGCGCCGCCGCCGCAUGAUCUCCAACCGCGAGUCUGCCCGGCGAUCCCGAGCCCGGAAGCAGUGGCUCAUGGAGGGCCUGCGCAAGCAGACGGACUGGCUCAGCUCGGAGAACCGGGAGCUCGCGAGCCGGCUCGCCGCCGUCGUCGGCCACUGCCUUGCCCUCCGCCACGACAACCACCGCCUUCUCUCCGAGACCGCCGCGCUCCGCAGCAGGCUCUCCGACGUGCGCCGCCUGCUCGUCCUCCGGCAGCCGCAGAGGCUGGCCGGCGCCGCCGCGGGGGCGGCGUGCGGAGGCGACCCACAGAGCCUGGUCCCCGCCGCCUUCGCCGGCGGCUUCAUGCCGGAGACGGAGCUCACCGCAUGA